UUGAUGGGUUUGGUAAAGCUAAAACUCCAGUGUCAAACCCUGCAGCAUCUUCUUCUAGUACCGACUCGAUUCACUUCACACCAUUUCCAUCCAAGUUCAAGGCUUUUUCCACACAUAGCGACCAAUAAUAGCUCCAAGCCUAGAAUCUCUUCAUCUCCAACACUUGGAUUUAGCCAGAAUUUAACAGUAAGAGCGCUUGCCACUCAAGUAUCAGACUCAUCACCAGUAAAUAUGGUCAAAGCUAUUCGGGUUCAUGAACUUGGUGGACCUGAGGUGUUAAAAUGGGAAGAUUUGGAAAUAGGAGAGCCAAAGGAGGACGAGAUUCGUGUGAGAAACAAGGCCAUUGGGCUCAACUUUAUUGAUAUUUACUUCCGAAAAGGGGUCUACAAGGCUCCUCUAAUGCCCUUUACCCCAGGUAUGGAGGCUUGUGGUGUUGUGACUGCAGUAGGUCCCAGAGUAACUGAUAGGCAAGUCGGUGACGUUGUAGCUUAUGCUGGCACCCCAAUGGGCUCAUAUGCUGAAGAGCAGAUCCUUCCAGCGGAAAAAGUUGUGCCUAUUCCUGAAUCCAUCGAUCCUGUCAUUGCUGCAUCCAUAAUGCUUAAGGGUAUGACCGCACAGUUUCUACUCCGCCGUUGCUUCAAGGUUGAACGUGGACACACAAUUCUUGUUCAUGCAGCAGCGGGUGGUGUUGGAUCUCUAUUAUGCCAGUGGGCUAAUGCUCUAGGAGCCACUGUCAUUGGAACUGUCUCGACAAAAGAGAAAGCCGCUCAAGCCAAGGACGAUGGAGCGCAUCAUGUCAUAAUCUACAAGGAAGAGGAUUUUGUUUCCCGCGUUAAUGAGAUAACAUCAGGCAACGGGGUUGAUGUCAUCUAUGAUUCUGUAGGGAAGGAUACCUUUCAGGGAUCAUUGGCAUGCUUAAAACUCCGGGGAUACAUGGUGAAUUUUGGACAGUCAUCAGGGACGCCAGAUCCAGUACCAUUAUCAUCUAUUGCAGCAAAAUCGCUGUUCUUGACGAGGCCAAGUCUCAUGCAGUACAACGUAACUCGAGAUGAACUAUUGGCGGCUGCUGGAGACGUCUUUGCCAAUGUGGCAUCAGGUGUUUUGCGGGUUAGAGUAAAUCACAAGUACCCUCUGUCUCAGGCAGUUCAGGCGCACGCAGACUUAGAGGGUCGUAAAACAACCGGUUCCGUCGUUCUUAUACCCUGAUUCUUACCAUCUCUGAUUGUUAUAUGAAUAGUUGGUUUGUUCAUUUGAAAAGACACUAGUAUAUACGUGCUGUAAUUUGCAUAGGUCUACGCCUGUUUUGGGUUAGCCGCUGGAGUCUGGACAAAGGUGAAUAAACUUACAUGACAAACAAAUUGUUGAGUUCGUGGGCAGUACUUGAUAUGUGUUCCAUUACUUAUGGCGUUCUGCGUGGGCUCAUUUGGUGAAAAAAAAAAAAAAAAAGGAUAUUAACACAAUGUGAUCAUCUAACUUUUUACAGAAGUACUGUUGCCAUUAACGGUGCGAACCGGCUGGUAUUAUGGUGGUUUUUGAUAGGCAUGACGAUAGUUACCUGAUCGUUACCAGUAUUACGGUCGAUAUCAGCUGGUAUGGCAUCCUGAUAUCUUACGAGUAUAUUUGAUAUUCUAAAAAUAGUUGUAUGACAUGACGUGCGUAUAGUUUUUUCUCGUGCCAUAAUUCAAUUAAGUCCCAUAAU